AUGAUAAAGCUUAGUUGGACGUGCGCUCGAUUCGCCCCAUUUUACACUAAAUUGAGUGAUAAACAUGCUAAAUGGCAUAACCUUAUGUUAGCUUCAGAUUACAAACGGAGGAAAAGGAAAGAAUUAUGGGCACUCACCAGAUGUGUUGAUGCGACCGGUCGUCGUCAGUCGGGGGAAAAUUUAUGA